AUAAUCUAAAUGGGUAAACAAAAGAAGGAAACAUCUUAGAUUAUUGCGUAGCAUAGGGGAAAGUGGAAAGGAAUAAGGAGCAAGAGUACAGGACACUGCUAAAGAAGCUUCUGAAAAACUCAAAUGCUGCAAAUUCUGCUUGAAAAUACAGUGAGUGGUAAACACUUCAGACAAACAACCUGAUUCUUUCAGAUAUGAUUCCCAUCUCUAAUUUUUUUUUUCCUUUCGGAAACCACUGAAACCUUUCAAUAGAAGUCUUUCAGGUUUCUCUCAUUCGGCUUGGAACUUUCAUACAAGCUCUCAUCAAACUCUGCCUAUAUUGCUGCAGCCUCACCCUCACCUUGCGUUAUGAAGAUAUCCAAAUUCCAAAACCUUACAUAACAAAAAUGAAAAGAGCUCUGAAAUGUGAGGAACAACGGAUGUAUUUCAUUUUAUGUUUUCCCUUGUUCCUACCUACACCAAUCAUGUCUUCUGGCUUCCUACCUACACUGAACUUGUCUUUGGUGCCAGAGUUCAUCCAUUUUAGAUCACUUGCUUUGCAAAUGCAGAAUCAAAGUGAUAAGGCACUAGCAUUGCUAGCUUUCAAGAAUAUUUCUGUUUCUGCUGAUCCCAAAGGUUUCUUGGCUGAUUGGACUCCCAGGAAUCCCAGUCUCUGCCCAUGGCAUGGUGUCAUCUGCUCCCCUCCUGGAAAAGUUCAUGCACUCACUUCACCAAUGCUGGCCUGAUUGGCCAUUUGCAUAUCAAUAAUCUUAGUGUCCUGGAAAAUCUCCAGUAUCUGUAUUUUAGUGGAAAUUCAUUCUCCAGAGACCUGUUCCUCAAUAACUCUUCUCAUUCAUGCGCCCUUGAAACACUUGAUUUGUCAAUCAGUAACUUUGUCAGACCCAAUCUCUGAAACAUUUUUCACUGCUUGCAAGCAAUUGGUUUCUGUAAAUCUUUCACAUAACUCAAUCCCAGGAGUUAGUUUCAACUUUGGACCUUCUCUUGUCCAGCUUGAUCUCUCAAACAACCAGAUUUCGGAUUUCUCAAUGUUCAGAUACUUCUCUCCAAGCUGUCAGGCUCUAAAUCUUAAAAGCAAAUUUUAUGCAAAACCUGAUAACUACUUAGACUGCAGAAAUCCAUCAGUUCCAGGGGGGGGAAACUUCUACCAUCAUUCCUUCAUAUAUAACUAGGUCUGUCAAGUUUCUGGAUGUCUCUCACAACAACUUAAGUGGUAACUUCUCAAUGCUUGAAUUUGGGAGUUGUGCAAGCAUUCAGAUGCUCAACCUGUCCAACAAAGUCUGAUGCUUGAAUUGGGACAUCUUAGAAACUUGACACAUUAGACUUUGGCUAAUAAUAACUUUUCUGGUGAAAUCCCACCAGAACUGAAUUCCACUAGUGGGACUCAGCAUGAUCCUGAUCUUUUUGGAAAUAAACUUUCUGGGGGGAU